AUGGGAAAGGACGACAAACAAAGAAGAAAAGGAAAUGCUCAGGUAACUAUAUUACUUUCGGUCCUCAACAUUCAGGGUGCCAGCAGUUCUAGAGCAGCAGAAUUACUUCAAAAAAGUGGAUUCAACGUGAAUUUCUUGGGGUUUAACGCGGCGGACUCGGGUUUGAAUCUUGGACUUGGUGAUGCCGAAGAACGAGAUGAUUAUGCAGAUCUUGAUGCUAAGGUCCGCGUGAUUUUUAGAAAAUUCGGCAAGCGGGAAGCUAAUACCAGAGAAAAAGUAGGUCGCGUAGGUUUGCAUGUCUUAAUUAUUCUUUUAGGCGCUUAAGUCACUAGCAGAGACUGUCGUCGAAGAUCCCGGAUCCUCGAAUUGUUUUAAAGCUUUUGUUGGAGUAUAUUCGAAGUUAAUAUUUGUAAGUGUUACUCAUUUUUUCUGUCUAUUUUUAGGACCCGUCAACUGCUGUUAGAAUAGCAUCGAACGAAGCUUUGGCGGUGUUUAUAAAGACGUUCAAGGGAAAGAUUGCUGCUGAUGUCGUGACCGUAAGUGGUGUGAAUUGUAUGAUGUUAGUUUUAGGUCAUACCGUUCCUGCUAUUGUCAACAUUUGAUCAUAUCACGGCUGUCAAGAAGAGUGCUCUUGAUCUACUAGAACAGUGUUUUGAAACGGAGAAACGAGAAAAGAUCUAUCAACAAUUUACGGCGGGGACAAUCGAAAUUUGUUUGGAGAUGGUCAAACGAAGACACAAUUCAAUGGGCCCUCAAAAGUGAGUAAUGUGUUUAAUUAUUAUAUUUGAGUUUAGGUUUGAGGAUUUGGAGAAUUACAAUCAACGGUGCGAACGCUUGAUUAGCCAGGCACUGUCAUUCAUCGAAAAUUUAAUCGAGAAAUUUGAUGAUAAACAAGGAAUUUUUAAAGUUUUGGAGGCAGAAUUUGACAAGUUAAUUGGAAUGGGACCUGCUGUGCGUUCAAUUAAUAAUUUUAACUAUCGAUAAUUUAGAUCCAGGGGAAGUUGAUGAAAGUUUUUUUGGUUUACAUGAAGCUGGAGUCCUUUGAAGAUGUCCUGAAGUCUAAAGUAUGUGGAAAGAUAGUGAAACUGAUGGACUCUCCGAACGAAAGCGUCUCUCAACACGCAUUUUCUUGUUAUCUUUAUAUGGCCAAUGCUGUUGGUAAUGGCCAAGGUGUUAAUUUUUCCCUCAGGGACUUUGUUUGUGUUCCUGUUCAACGGAUGGUGUCACGAAAAGCAUCGUAUGUUUGGAAAGACUAUUUUUAUAGUUCUUUUAGACAUUACAAAAGUUUGGAACAUUGUCUUCUCCCUUUGGUCAUUAUUGUAAUAAAGGGAAUGGAGGAUCAGAAGGAACUCAAGGAAUGGAUUCAGACUUUGCUCAAGGCUUUCUUUGAUGGGUAAGUUGCCAAUUAUUUUUUUGUGUCCAUCCAUAAGAAACCACAGUGAGCGGACCAUAAUGAACAGAUAUUGCAAAUGUCCUUGUAUCUUCGUGAAAAAUAUUUUAUGUGAUUUUUACAUUUUUUACAGAGUAAUGUCAAAACGUAAUUUUUCGAUUUUAUUUGUAACAAUUUUUCAACCUCUCUAAAUGUUGUAAGAAUAGUGGCCACUACUAGUGGAUUUAGGGGUUUUCGGAGGAAUCAUGUUAAUUUUUUUACAGUAAAAAUGUAUUUUUUUCUAUAAGUUCUCGAUUUGUGAAUUUUCGCUUUUAUCAGAAAAACCAAGAAUGGUUUUCGUAAACAACUUCGAAAAAAAUCUAAAAAAUCACAUACAAUACAAAAAUUUUUACAAACAUAAAAGGGUGUUGAGGUAUUUGCAAGGAAUUCGGAAACCUGAUCACUGUGAUUUCUGCGUAUGGACAUUUUUUUAUUUACUUUUUAGUGAAAUGCCCGCAAAUGUUUUCCUACAUUGGGCAAAAUCCUUCGCCGAUGUUAUUGAAAUUUUGAAUUUAAAGUAUUUGGAGAAGGAAUACGAUGAUGAUAUUGCGGAGUCUGUGGAAGAGGCCGUAGUAAAGUUUUUGCAUAUCUAUUUGACCAAGGAAGAGGAAGAUCUCAAGGAGAAUGGAAAGUCGAUUGAAGAAAUUGCAUUGAGGUUGAUUAUUAAUCAGAGCUCGGAAAAGGGAAACAAAAAAGUUGUGGAUUUCAUAAAUCUGGCUUUGAGUAAUAUCUUUUACAAUCUCCCGAAGAGCGAAGGAUUCAUCUUGAAAUUAUGGGAUCAUCGGGAGGACAAAACAUUGGAUUCCUUUAUUUUUUACUUGGGGAAAGAGAUCCUGGAAGGAGACUCUGUAUCCUCAGACCUUUAUAUCAAGGUCUUAUCUUGUGGAUGCUAUAAAGAAUGGGAAGAAAUAGACUUUGGUCUUUUCAAGACUAGUAUUCUGGAAAGGAUGAAGGAAAUGAAAGAGAUCAACGAUGUUUUAUUUGAAGGCUUCAGAUAUCUCGUGGAGAAGAACAGGGCGGAUGGAAAGGAACUCUUUGGUGUUAUAGAUGUAAGGUUUCUAUAAUUCACACUCCCUUGCUAGAUCAUAUAUACUACGUAUAAGUUUAGUUGAGAAAGAUGAAACAUGCAGUCAAACUUUUGUUGUUGACAGAAGAAGGAGCUUCUUCUUUAUUUAAUUGUGAUGACCGGGAAAGGAUUUUGUCAAUUAUAUUAAACGGACUCCCGGAUAACCCAACCCUCUUCAAGAUCAAUGGAUUUAAAAGUUCUUUACUUGGUUGGAUCAAUGAAACUAAAACGGAAAAUAUCUAUUCUAUCAUCAGAGAUCUCUCGUCGAAGGUUAAUGUCCCUGCUUUAACCAAAUUGAUCAAUGUUGUGGUUAAAGUUGAUGUAAGUGGUCUUGGUUUUUGUAUACAGUUUUUAGGAGGUUCCGUCGAAGUUGUUGGAUGAUCUUUCACGUGCCUUUGUUCACCGCUUGGUCAACUCUGAAUACGAAGAAUUCCCUGAAGAGGGUGACAAGGAAUCUCUGGAUUGGUUCUUAACUCAGCAUCAGACCGAUCUUCAUCUGAUUAGUUCUGUUCUUGAUUGCGAAUGUCCUUUCGAUAAUAUUGAUGACUUUUAUGGCACUGUUGCCAAAGGGUUUGACGGAAUUUUCACAAUUUUAAACCUGUUCGAACAAUCCAAGAAGGACAUUUUGGAGUUGUCAUUUGCUCUUGAUAGUUACGUAAGUAAUGGGAUGUUUUAAAAAAUGUGUAGUUUUAUUUUAACAUUUAUUUUUUUAGGUAGCUUCGCAUGUCCUGGCGAAGGAGCCUGUUGCCCAUGCGUUUGCAUUCGCAUCUCCGAGUAAUCUGAAAUCCAAGGAUUUGGAUGAAACUCGGAGGAUUCUUAAGGACACCCUUAUUAAGGCUGCUUUUUAUAAGAACUUGGAAGCAGAACAUGUCACCCAAAACAUGAAACUUCAUUUGGUUUUGUUAUAUGCCGCGUCUACAGUGUACGUUGACAGUGUGCAUAAUGAUGGCUUGAGGAAGCUGCUGAUAAAUUACAUGAAGGGAUUUGAGGAGUUUUUUAAGGUAAUUCAAGUUUAUUUUGAUUGUGGUUUCUUUUAGAAUUGGAAUGAAGAAGAUAGAGGGAGUAUCAUCAGAGCUGCGGUGGGGGUUUAUCUUGGAGAACAACUUUCAUUUACAUUCAUGUAUGGUCUGAAAAGAUUAAAGUCAGAUUGGUCGCAUGUCCGCGACAAGGUGAUGUCAUCAUCUCUCAGUCAGGACCAUAAACUUGGCCUUGAGGCAGUUCUGAAUAACGAUUUCAUACUGGAUAUCCCGGAUAUAAUUGAGAAGAGAGAAUUCCUUCCAUUCAUUGUUUCAUUGGAGAAGCAAACUCAGAAAUUAAAGGAGAAUAUCAGAAAUGAGGAUGUGGCCAUCGUUUUAUUGGCCGAACUCAAGGAGAAGUUCGAGAAAACUGAUUCUGUUUGGUUAUUCACUUCCACCGGGUAAGUUGAUCUAUCCACCGAUAUUAUCGUCAUUUUUUGAGUGAUCUGGAUAGAGACCUGUUAUCCUGCGCUGUCCUUCGUUUGGCUGUCCAAUUAGUCGGCCGUUUGCCCGACCUUCCUCAAGAACUCCGAGACUUUGUUUUAUGUGGAUUGAUCACGGCCAUGCAGGAUUUUACGGCAAAAGAGGAGAGGUCCCAGCUCUCAGAAGUAAUGGCGUCGCUUUCUUUGGAAUUCUUUACAAGUUAUGACAGGAAAUUGGGGGAUAAGUUGAAUGAACUUAAGAGUCUUCCUGAGGUCUCUGAAGAAGUUCUAGAGAACAAAUUACUGGUGGAAAGUCAAAUCCAGGAAUGGAGGGAGUUUUUUGGAUCCUCGGCCUCGACUUACACCUUCGCUUGGUUCUGUUGGAUGUCAGUGGGAAAUUCGAAAGGCAAAGUUAACUGUGAGUAGCCGUUUUUAGUAUUAUACUUCCUUCAGAUGGUUUAUUCUCCCCGUUUCUUCGACUGCAGGUUUGCAAAACUAUCAGAAAUACGUUCUUGGAUCUGAAGAUGGCCGAGUUUAUUGACAAUCCGUCUCCUUUGAUGACCCAGAAUAUCUCCGGGCGCAAUUUAUUAACGGCCGAUGAGAUAUUUGACUGUCUGGUGGAUCUUCUCUUUUCCCCAGUUGCCGAACUUCAACUGUUGGCUAUAUUUUUGCUUCAAAAGUAAGUCGAUAUUUAGGUUGAUUUUAUUUUUAGUCUUGUUCUUACCCAUUUCACAAUCAAGGAUGAGCUGGAUGAUCAGUUGAAGAAGAUGCUCCAAACUUCAGAAUCUCUUCCUUCUUGCAAUGGAGAUGAAGAAGAAAGCGAGAGAAAUGCGAUUGAAUACAAAUUGUCUAGGUUCUUCGAUAAUGUCAUCAACAAACUGACCUCAUUUCCACGUUCUCCAGACAUAGAUCCCUGUCUUAUUAUAUGGGAUCUCUUAAUCCGAACUGUCAAAUUAUUGGAUAGUCAACAAUCUGCCGAGUUCUGUGCUCAAAUCAAUUCAGAAGUUAUUGGAGGAGUCUUGGAAGCAGUUACUCGUCAUUUACCUCUGGAUAAGAAUGUUGAUGAAGUCAGGGAGAUAAUCGAGAAGAGGCCGGAUGAUGUAUUCAGCUUCUGGAAGAUCCCAUUUGACGUUGAUGACAGCAAAAGAGUGGUUGAUGACAAGGAAUAUUCCCUAUGGCUGUAUUACCGAUCGCUGGAAACAUUACCGGCAUUGGUCAGAGAAUGGAUUGGACCCUGGAAGAAUGAGAAUCUGAAGAGGUUUGGUUACUUCUUUAACAUUCAAAAAGCCAUGCGUGUCAUUUUCUGGCAUUUCGACGGUACAUUUAACAGCGACUGCAUCAUUAGUUGUACUGCCGAUUGCCAGAAAAUGGCCCGCCUGGCCGUAUGACUGUUAAUCAUUAUUUUUUAUUUUUCAGAUUUACAGCUUUAUCCCUUUCCCCGAUUCUGAUCGAAGAAGAGUUGAACAAGAUCGGUAACGUGAAGACCAAAUCUGGAUUCUCUGUUCGCUCCCGACCUUCUACCAAGGAGAUCGUUGCGAGAUACCAAGUGGAGGAAUUGACUCUGGAGACCACCAUUAAACUCCCAGAUGACUAUCCGUUGUCUCAAGUCACAAUUGUUCACGAUAAGAGAAACAUCAUAGCGAAGGGAAUGACUCAUAAAUUACACUUGAAUUUAUUCAGUUAUGUGAAUACUAGAGUAAGUUAAAGUUUUUUUUUUUAAUCUUUUAGAAUGGAGCAAUUUGCGAUGCUGUUCUCCAAUGGAAGAAGAAUGUGGAGAAACAGAUUGCGGGUGUCGAAGACUGUUCCAUUUGUAUGAUGACCGUAUCCAGUCGAAAUUACCGUAUGCCUGACCUCAAGUGCCGCCAAUGUUUCAAGAAGUUCCAUUCGGAUUGCAUGGUAAGCCUCUUUACGAUGUCAUUCGUUCGUAUUUUAGUUAAAAUGGAUCCAAACGAGUACCAAACCGACAUGCCCCCUGUGCCGAAACGAGUUUUAUUAG